AUUUCAUGAUGGGGUCUAACGAUUUAAUGGUGUUGAUGUCCUACAUAAGUGGCGUGUUGGGUGAGAUGGUUUGAUACUACAAGUUGUGGUAAUUUGCGAGAACGUGUCUGUUCUCACAUUUUAAAUGAUACAUUCCCUCAUAGAGCCAAGAUUCUACUCCCGAUGCUCACAAGAGAAGGCGGUCUUGCAUUCCAAGCACUUGCGAUGCAAAGCAAAGCUUGUAUGAUUCUCAUGUGGAUGUUGAUGAUGGCUGUGGCCCAGGAAGAGUCGCCAUUGCUGAUGGUUAGCCCACCUUCACUGACCCAACUGCAGCCGAUGGUCGCCGGGCCGAGCCGAUCAUCUCAUAGGUCGAUUGAGACUUUGGUGGUCGUCCUGGCAGUAAUCAUCAUCGUCGGUGUGAUCGCCGGUGUGUUCGCACGUGUUUGUGGUGGCAGGCAUUUGGCUGGAAGUGGUGAGCAUGACAUUGAAGGAUGGGUGGAAAGGAAGUGUGCUAGUUGCAUUGAUGGUGGUGUUCCAGCGACUGUGGCGCCGCCGCUCAAAGCAACACCUGAGGUAGAAGAGGAAAAAAAAUGAGUAAGAUUAGAUUGGAAAAUCUUCUAUUUAGGAGUUUAGUUAGAUAAAUAGAUUUAGAAAUUAUUUGGUGUAUGUACGUGUGAGUUUGUAUUUUAUUUUAUUUUUCUCUUUUUUGUUUUGAUAGGAAUAGCACUGUAAGUUACAGUACUCGUAGUUGCAUUGAGACACUUAAUCUAAUCCAUUGAUCUAGACUGUUCUUCA